AUGGCUUUAUUUCGGUUUUCAUUGCUAUUUCUUCGACGUGCGUUAAAUGUGCAAAUUUCGGGUGCACAAUGGCAAAAGAUUAGAUUGAAAAAUAUAAUGAAGAAGCGUUUCUACUCAACUGAAGUAGCUCCUAAUGCGAGUGCAUGUGCCUUGGAUUUGCUGAUUACAAAUCUCACUCAGGAAAGCAGCGUCAAAGAAGCUGAAAUCAAUACAGUUACGAGUGUUGAAGGUCUCAGAAAGGUUUGCGCGAAGUUAGAAGGCUCAAUCAGUAGUGAAAUUUCUGUAAAAAUUUUGACGCGUUUUGCUGAACUUGCUAAUGAAAGUGUUAGUAUUCAGAAAGCGGCAGCAUAUCUGAAGAAAGGACUGUUAGCUGAAAUGAAUAGAUCAUUAAAAAACAGUAAACUGAACAUGAACUCGACGCUCGAGACUAUGUGCGCAUUAGUUAUUCUCGAACUUACUGAUGAAUCCCUCUUUGAAACAUUGGUUGAUGUAUUAAGACAACAGUUUUCUACCGAUGUAUUCUCUGUCCCGGUAUCACCACUAGUCCGUUUAGCUGCUUUAGUGAGUAGCAAAAAAAUCCGCCUACCCGAGGAUUUAUUCUAUCAAGUGAGAGAAUGGUUACAGCUGAAAGCAAGUGAAAUCACGCAGCCAAAAGAUAUUGUUUCCGUGAUUGUAUGUUGGAAUAAAAGCGAUAGUUGGUUCAACAUAUUUAUUGAAAAAGCAAAAAGUUGUGUAUCUUCGAUGUCUUCUAAUGAACUCAUUGGCAUGAUGUCAAGUUUGGCAAACAGCUCAAGUCGACCGCCUCAUGUUUUGCGUCUUAUCUGCGAUACUUUCGAACAAAAGAAGAAGGGCUUAACAGUUGACAAGCUGUUGCUGUUGGCACAAUCAGCUGCAAAAUUACGAUUCAUGGAUAAUAGACUUCGACAAAUUAUAGCUGACGACACUUUUGCCAAUAUUAGUCGUUUCACCAAGUGGUCGCAGAUUAAUACGAUUGUUAAUUCGAUGACGAAAUUGCAUAUUGGUAACCUUCGGACAUGGAAUGCUAUUGCUGCAUGGAUCAAUAAUAAUCAGAUGAAUGCUGCUCUUGACGAAUUAUCAUACGCUGUGCAUUGGUGUGCAAUAGCUGGCAAAGGUGAUUUAAUUCAAGAAGCCAGUGUAUUUCUAUGCGAAAAGUUAACUUCUUCAAAGAUUGACUCACCCAAGACAUGGCUUAGUGCAGUCUAUGCUUUAGCAACAUGCGACAGACUAUCACCAGAAUUGGCUCAAACUGUCUUACAACCGACAUUCGUCGCAAACAUCUUAGGAGGACUGAGUGGUUUUCGAAAGCUAAUGGUUGUAACAACUAUUGCUCAAAUGCAGUAUUUCUUGAAAGGAACAUUAAAUAAAGCCUAUCAAGGACCCUCAGUAGAUAUUUUGGAUCUUAUGCAGUUUCCAUCAACAACUUUGAAUGAUAUGGCUUUCAAAUUGCGUUACGGGAAGAAUGAGGAAGGGAAUGUCCGGUAUUUUCAUUCAUUAUUGCAUAAAUUGGUUCCAUUGAAUUCACAUGCAUUUCCGCCAGCUCUUACUGAGGAUGGGAUUUUUGUUAAUGCAGUCAUCAAGCUAGACGUUAAAGGAGAUCGUUUUGUUCCAUUGAGCCAUUUUGAGGAAACGAAGGCACCUCGUUUGGCUGUAAUUUAUCUCUCCUGGAAGGAUCGAACUUUGCCAUGUACUGAUGACGAUAAGAGCACUCUGAUGGGACCACCAUUGCUAAAUAUACGUUUGUUGAAGGCGAGAGGGUUUAUUCCUGUUUUAUUUUCUCAAGAGGAUUUCGAUUCUAACUCAUCGUUGAAGCACCAAUUUACUCGCAUUAAAACAAAGCUUGAAGAGGCAUCAGAUGACAGAGGAAAUAGAUAA